AGCACAAUGUUGCAGUUGCUCUUUGCCCAGUACCCAGGAUUCAAGGAAGUCCGAAUGAUCGAAGCAAAGCCAGGCAUUGCAUUUGUGGAGUACGAAGAUGAAGAGCAGUCAGGGGUAGCCAUGCAGGCUCUUCAAGGUUUCAAAAUCGCCCCCCAAUUUCCCAUGCCCAUCUCUUUUGCCAAGAAGUACUCGAGCUCGCCCUGUAAUCUCUGUAACUCCAUUCCACCAUUGACCAAGGAUUUGCAAUAGCUGAAAUAUUAUGUAUGCCACUGUCCUUUAAAAACUGAGAGUGGAGGGAGAUCAUGUAGCAUUCCAAAGGAAGAUGAUAUAUUAUUGUAACAAGGUUAUUCCAUAUGAUAAUUCAAGGUUGUUUAUUAACCCUAGAAAAUGCAAGACAUGGUUUGGAUCGAAUUAACUGAUCAUGGUGAUAAAAUUUGUUAUGCUGGUUUGUAGAAGGAAAUGGGCCCUCGGUAAAUGUAAGCUGCGUAGACAUUUCAUUGCUGAUAGGUCCAAAUGUCUACAUUUGCUUGUGGAAUGUCCUGGUUCCAAGGAAGAAAUACAUCAUUUGUCUUGCC